AUGCCAUCCGUCACCCAGGCCAAGCAGGACUACGAGGAGCGCCUCAACUCCUGCCUCACCAAGUACAGCCGUGUGCUCUUCUGCCUCAUGGACAACGUCCGGUCGCAGCAGGUGCACGACGUCCGCCGCGACCUCCGCGGCAAGGGCGAGCUUGUGAUGGGCAAGAAGACGCUUCAGAAGAAGAUUGUUGAGCGACGUGCGGAAGGCAAGAAGGCGACGCCGAUUGACAAGCUCUUCCACGAGAAGUGCACCGAGCUGAGCCUGCUCUGCGGCAACACCUCCCUGAUCUUCACGAACGAGGAGAUCCCGGUGAUCACAAGCGUGCUGGACAAGCACCGUGUGCAGGCCCCUGCGCGCGUGGGCGCCAUUGCCCCGUGCGACGUCAUCGUCCCUGCCGGUAACACUGGUAUGGAGCCCAAGGCGACGUCCUUCUUCCAGGCGCUCAACAUCGCGACGAAGAUUGCCAAGGGUACUGUUGAGAUCGUGAGUGACAAGAAGGUCCUGAGCACUGGCGACAAGGUCGACAACUCGACGGCCACGCUGCUGCAGAAGCUGGACAUCUCCCCGUUCUACUACCAGGUGGAGGUGCAGUCCGUGUGGGACCGUGGUGUGCUGUUCCUCCGCGAGGACCUCUCCAUCACCGACGACAUCGUGGAGAAGUACAUGCUCGAGGGCAUCAGCAACGUUGCCGCGAUGUCUCUCGGCGCGGGUAUCCCGACGGCCGCCACGCUGCCGCACAUGAUUAUGGAUGCAUUCAAGACGCUCCUCGGCGCCUCUAUUGCCACCAACUACGAGUUCGAAGAGUACGACGGCAAGAACCUGCGCCAGGCUGCGCUGGACGGCAACCUUGGUGGUGGCGCCGCUGCUGCUGCUGACACUGGUGCUGCCGCCGCCGCCCCCGCUGCUGCUGCUGCCGCCGCUGAGCCGGAGGAGGAGGAGGACGACGAUGACUUCGGCAUGGGUGCGCUCUUCUAA